AUGAAAAAACGGAUCAAGGAGCUCAAGACAACUAUAUCGGAACUGGAAACACAGUACCAGCAGGUUGAAGAAAGAUGGGUUGCGAUAAACAUAGACGCUGCAUUAAAAGAGAACUUAGACAUUGCACUCAGAGAAACCUUAGACCAACAUCGUAACACUACCAUCAAAGCUAACCAAAAGAAGCUUGUCAACCUGAACGGUGGAACAAUCAAACACCAGAGACCCAGUAAAGGAUACAUCAAUCUCACGGACAAGACACUCACUCCCGACCAAGAAGAACUACUGAACUUUGGUCUUAAUUGCCACAUCCUCUCUAAACCAAGUAAACACCAGAAGAGAGUGGAGUGUGAAAUACUUCUCGACGACGUUGCAAAUCUGGCUAAGAAAGGAGAAGUCAUCGUCAAGCCGACCUUCAAACAAGAGAUAAUUGCCGAAUCUUCAAAAACAAGAGGAAACUUCAACAGUAAACUCAUUGAACCAAGACACACCGAAGCCGCGAAGCAGUUAAAGGCGGACCAUAACAUCAUCAUCAGGAAAGCCGACAAGUCCGCUGCCUACGUGAUUAUGAACAAAACAGAAUACCUGGAGAAAAUUGACACUAUUCUGGCGGACGAAAGAAAAUUUGUGAAAAUCAGCAAAGACCCUACGGAAGCCCUUAAGAAAAAGCUGAACAAAUUCAUCACCAUGAGCAACAUCAACAGCGAGACCAUCAAAAUCAACAAGGUCUCUGGUGAAUAUGGUAUGGGCUACUGCUAUGGCACCGUGAAGACACAUAAACCAGGAAACAAACUCCGGCCCAUCAUAUCACAAAUCCUGACACCGACUUAUAAUAUCGCGAAGAAACUCUGUAAGAUCCUUACACCAUACGUCCCAACAACAUAUAGCCUGAACUCAGCAACAGACUUCCUCGACAUCCUGAAGAGCAACAACUCAAGAGGAAUCAUCGCUUCACUGGACGUUGAGUCACUCUUCACGAAUGUCCCUGUUGAACGCACCAUCAACUACAUCGCUCAUUACGACAACCGCCCUGGGCGGCUUGCAGGCCCCGAGCAGCGCCACACUCUCAAGAAUCGCCUGCUGGAGGGUCGGGCCACCUUCCUCCCCGGCCAGAUGCCCGCGCUGCACAUCCGAACGGUUCUGGCCGCGGACCAGGCAAACUACACGUGCCGCGUCGAAUUCCGCAUAG